AUGGGUUUACGCGCACAAAAUGACGGCGUCCGGGGCAGGAGGAAAUCAUCGACGAGAGGCCACCACAGGUUCGUGGGCGUUCGACAGAGGCCAUCGGGGAGAUGGGUCGCCGAGAUUAAGGACUCUCUGCAAAAGGUGAGGCUUUGGCUCGGGACGUUCGACACAGCGGAGGACGCCGCUCGAGCCUACGACGACGCGGCUCGAGCGUUGCGCGGUGCGAACGCCCGAACCAACUUCGAAUUGCCCCAAUCGACCAAUGGGUCCGGCCAUGCCAAUGGCGGUGCCGGCGUGGCCGAAAAUGUGGAGCCUUUUUCGUUUGAGGCUGUGUGUGGAAAUGGGGCUGAAGCCGAUGGGUUGCUUGGCGCGCUCAGGGCUAAGCUGCUCGACGGCAAAGGGUGUGUGGUUCCGCAACCACAGGGGAAUAAUGGUGGUGCCAAGAUGGAGCCGUUUCCUAUUGGUCCACGUGGCGUGGUGGGUUUUGUGAACCCGAACCCGCAUCCUUCUUCAUCCGGGUCGGCGAAGGAGGACCCGAUUGUGUUAGAUGUUAACGGUCAUGAUCAUCGGUGGGGUCAUCAUCAAGCUCAGCCUAGUCACACAGCAUCAAACCAGAGCAUGGCUUGGAGCAAUGAGUCUCCAGCAUUAGCAUAUGACCAAGUGCCCAAUUGGUCAACAUGGUCAACGCAAACUGAUUCAUUUACAGAGCAGUGCCCUAUGGAGCUGCCAUUGCAAAUCACAAGCCUUGCUGGGGAUGGUAAAGUGACAGCGUUGAGCACUCAGCAGCUGUCACAGAUUGAUGGGUCAGCAAUUUUGGGGUCAUCAGCUUCAGGUGCUUGGUCUUCAGACCAGCAGCAGUUUUUGCACUGUGACAACAAUUGGGCGGCAGGUGGUGCAAAUGCCUCUUGGGACCCACUCUUCUAUGCAUCCUCUGUUCUGGGGUGA